GUAUCAUUUCUUUCUAUUUCAUGACUUUUAAGCUACUACAUAGUAUAAUCAACCUUUCUAUAUUAUCCACCUAAGCAUCAUUCAGAUAUGCUCUGGUUAAAUAUCAUUAACCAUGCAUUUGAUAAUAUCGCAAACCUUUCGAGGGACAAUGCCUCAUGAUUUAACUCCGUGUCCGCACCUGCAAAAUUGCAGACCGCGACCUUGAAUAACCCUAUCUAAGGCUUGGCCGAAGCCAAUGAUGACUCGGUCUCGACGUCACCGUUAAUUAUUUGCCUAGGUCGGUCUCAACAGACAUGAGAUUCUAACUUAAGCCGCUGCUGUAUUCGUAGUCUCGUCUACAAUAAUCCCAUAUGAAGAAUAUGAAGCAUCAGCUUCGUUUCUCAAUAAACUAAUCUAAUAAUGCCCCCAGUCGAAUUAGAUAAGCCUCCAAUGGCACCGAUAAAUGCCGAGACAUCUGAACAAGAUCAAGUUCAUGAAUGCGAAAUACCUACUUCGCGUAAAAGAGCCUUAUCAGACGGAGUACCAGAUCAGUUUAAAAGUUCCCUGCCCACUGAAGGUCGCAAGUCUAGGUCAGAACCCAUGAAAAGGCCACCUCCCAAGUUAUCGCAGUCUUCAUCCAACCUCCAACGAAACCAAAGUUCGACUUCUAUAUUUCCGGCCUCCCCUCUUAUGAGACGAACAGGAACAAAUGUUUCUAUACUUGAUAUGGCAUUGCGACGUGGUUACGACGCGAAAAAUGACGAGGAUACAUCAGACUCAUCAUCGUCUGAAGAUGAAGAUGGCGAAAUCACUGCCGAGGCACGUGAAGAUGGCUCCCCAGGAAAGCCAAAGCGGAGAACAUCCUAUGAUAGAUCCUGGUGCUUUCGAGUAGUAAAUGAUUUAUAUCGAACGAAGGGCAAAGUAUCCAAGAAAGAUGGUCGGCUGAACAUCACAGUGAAUGACAUUACUAAUACCGGAUACCUUGCAAAGGCGAUUGGUACUGCUGUGAAGAAAGUUGCGCCUAAGAGAGCGGAAGAAGGGGAAACUGGCAAACGGCUAGCCUCCUCACGGUCACCAUCACCUGCCACGACAGCACCAGAAAAGUUGACCGUACCCAAACUGAACAUAGUAAUCAUGGUUAUUGGCUCUAGAGGCGAUGCUCAACCGUUCUUGAAGAUAGGAAAGGUACUAAAAGAGGAAUAUGGUCAUCGAGUACGUAUCGCUACUCAUCCAGCCUUUCGCGACUUUGUCGAAAAAGAUUCGGGUUUGGAAUUCUUCUCUGUCGGGGGCGAUCCUUCAGAACUGAUGGCCUUUAUGGUUAAAAAUCCCGGUAUGAUUCCGACCCUCGAAACAGUGAAAGCCGGCGAUAUUGGACGGAGACGUGCCGCGAUGGCGGAAAUGUUUGAUGGAUUUUGGAGAGCUUGUAUUAAUGCGACCGACAACGAAAAAGACACGCACGAUGUCAAUAUGACGGAAGAAAAGGAUCCAUUUAUCGCAGACGCCAUCAUUGCAAAUCCACCUAGUUUCGCGCACAUGCAUUGCGCUGAAGCUCUAGGUAUUCCCCUGCAUCUCAUGUUUACUUUUCCCUAUACACCUACGCAAGCUUUCCCUCACCCGUUGGCUAUUGUCAAGAAAUCCAACGUGGACCCAGGGUAUACUAAUUUCAUUUCUUAUGCCCUUGUUGAAAUGAUGGUCUGGCAGGGACUGGGAGAUCUAGUCAAUAAUUUCAGAAUUAAGACCUUGGGGCUUGAUCCGGUAUCUACCCUAUGGGCCCCUGGAGCGACGUACCGUCUUCAUGUGCCCUUUACAUAUUUAUGGAGUCCAGGACUGGUGCAGAAGCCUGAGGAUUGGGGUGAGGAAAUCGACGUCUCUGGGUUUGUCUUCCUCGAUCUUGCAUCUUCCUUCAAGCCACCAAACGACCUUCUAAAGUUCCUUGAAAAUGGCGAGACGCCGGUCUACAUAGGCUUUGGAUCGAUUGUAGUCGAUGAUGUCGAACGCUUCACGGAGAUGAUUUUCGAAGCUGUAGAGCUGGCUGGAGUUCGAGCUGUGGUAUCGAAAGGCUGGGGUGGUUUGGGACUGGUUGAUGUUCCUGAUAAUAUUUACAUGCUGGAUGACAUUCCGCACGAUUGGCUUUUCCCAAGGGUUCGGGCCUGUGUCAUUCACGGUGGUUCCGGAACCACUGCCAUCGCACUCAAAUGCGGCAAGCCCACUAUGGUUGUGCCUUUCUUUGGGGAUCAGCACUUUUGGGGUUCAAUGGUCAGCAAUGCAGGUGCUGGACCGAUACCAAUCCCAUACAAGAGGUUGAAUGCCGCUGCAUUAGCAGGAGGAAUCAAAUUCUGCCUCACUGACGAGGCCCUUAAAGUAGCAGAGAAGAUAUCUAAAGACAUCGAACUAGAAGGAAAAGGCGCACAGAAUGCGGUUAAGGCCUUUCAUCAAAAUUUAACACUAUGCGGAGAGAAUACCAUGCGAUGUUCAAUUCUGGAUGAGCGCGUGGCAGUUUGGAGUGUUAAGAAAACGAGUAUCAAGCUUAGCGCUCUGGCAGCCUACAUCGGUGUUAGCCGGGGAUUAAUAUCUUGGCAGAGACUACGUCUACUUCGACAUAAGGAAUGGAACGACUUUGAGGGACCUGGCGAACCUGUUACGGGAGUUGUCGGUUCUCUGGUUGGGACAGUUGGUGACGUGUUUAAGGGGGUAGGGAGCGUUCCACACAGGCUGGCGAAAACAUCGCAUAAUAGAGCCGAACGGAGGAAAAGGAAGGAGAAAAGGCGACAGCAUAAGCAAGCUACGCUAGCCAAAAAUUCAAACGGAUUCCCGUUCCCAAAGCAAACAGAAGAGGCUUCGGAUUCUAAUAUGAAUAGAAACGACCGUCUUCAACGCGAUUCGAGUUAUGCGACUACACCCGCAUCAGCCCCGCUUGAGCCUUCCCAGGAAGAGUACCUGAACGAAAUAGAGGAGGGAAUAGGUAAAACUGGCCGAGCCUUAGCGCAUGCACCUGUCGAUCUUUCGCUUGCGCUCGCGCAGGGCUUUCAUAACGCUCCUCGUCUGUAUGGUGACGAAACGGUCAGACAUCCAAUUCGGGUCACGGGAAUCCGGUCAGGACUCAAAGCUGCAGGGUAUGAGUUUGUAUACGGUAUCUACGAUGGUUUUACUGGGCUUGUGCGAUUGCCGAUACGCGGAGCUAGAGAAGAUGGAGUCAAGGGUGCCCUGGCGGGUGUCGGCAUGGGAUUAACGGGAUUCAUACUGAAAAACAUAUCGGCAGUAUUCGGCCCAAUAGGCUACACCCUCAAAGGUAUUUCCAAACAGAUGGACCACGGAAAGCAGCCUCUGAAACAUCUCCGGCGCGCGCGUAUAAUUCAAGCGCAGCGAGAGCUCUCCGUCCUGACCGAAGCCGAGCACAAGGCGGCAACUGAUAAGGUUUUCAGAGGCUGGCAGGUUAUGCAUCAGUUAGCCGAUAUUAUCAUAUGCGAGAGGGAGAAACGACGAUUUAUACCACGCUUUACCAGGAAAAGAAAGAACGCGAAGAAGGUCAAGUCGCUGGGAAAAUACGGCAGAGUCCCCGCGUGGGAGAGCGUUACGGCUGUGGAGGAAGCUAUCGAGGCUAUUGGGCGAGGAGAGAAUAUUGAUGUCGUUCUUAGGAAGCACAGUAGAACCUCUGCAUGUAAAGAGGGCUGAAUAAGAACUGGCUUUGCGGUUGUCGCAAUGUUGCCGAUAAUGGGGCGAGAGACUGGAGGCACCAACUAAUCAAACAUAACAACCGACGUAAGCUAAUUAAUAUACCGAUUUUGGAUUAAGGAAGAUAUCUCUAUUAUCUGUACGAUCAUGUGCUGGCACUGGCGAUACUGGUUAGCAGAAAACCUGAGAGUGCACGAUUUCAUGAAUACAAACACUAGCAAUAUCGGAUAAUUUUCUCAUUCACGACGGGUAAAUUCGACUCUAUUCUCAACUUAAAACUACGAUGAGUAUUUUCUCUCUCUCUCGAGUAGUUGAAAGUCUAGCAUGAAAAGGGGAUAUCACCGAAGGUCAUCUCCUACGUUGGGCUAGGUGAAGUAUCAUUGCGGUUAUGUGUUAACGGCAUCACAUCACCUCCUUACUACAACUCAUCUACCUACAGAGCGAAAAUUAACAACCCCAGCGCUAUCUGGUAGAGCUAGUUAUAGGAUCAUAUGCGACUGAACACGGGCACCAUGGAACUGGCGAUAGCUGAAAAAUGCAUGCAUGUGCAUGCAUAUGUGUAAGACUGAGGACCGGGCCCUUAAGAUAAUCCCCACCCAAUGAGAGGCGCAAGAUAUAGAUCGCGGGAAUACCGCGGGUGUCUUGUCUAAUAGGACGAGCGAAAAAAGAACA